AUCGUACUCAAGACCCAGUCGGUUCAAGUACGUGUUGCGACCAAUUCGCGCGGUACUUAUUUAAAUUGUUGUCACAUUGGGGAGAAUUUACGUUCCGGUUUAUACAUGGGGAAGUGUUUCUAGCUCCUACUUGUGACAUACUUGUGUCUGGAUUAAGUGCUCUGUAUAACUUUUAUUAAAUAUUUUUUGUGUGAAAAUGGUUGCUACCAUUGUUGCUACCUUCGUGCUCCUGGCCACAGCUUCUUUCGAUGUCACAACCGCCCAAAGAAAAGUCAGCAGAAACAUCCAGGUGGGCGCUGAUGUAAAAACCAACGUCAACUUUGAUUGUCCCGAAGAGUUCGGGUAUUACCCACAUCCAAAUGAUUGCACACAAUAUUACGUGUGCGUUUUUGGAGGCGCCUUACUCGAAUCUUGCACAGGAGGCUUGAUGUACAGUCACGAACUCCAAACGUGCGAUUGGCCCAGAAAUGUAGGGUGCGAUGGAAGCGAAAUAUCUUCCGAACAAAGGGUCACCUCAGGACCUAGUCCAAGCCGGGGCAGAGAACAAAGGGAGCGCGAGCGCGAACGCGAGAGAGAUGAACCAAGACAAAGAUACUCUCCGCCACCUCCACCCCCACCAGCACAACCUGCUGCAGUGGUCACCUCCAGAGGUCAACCAAGACAACUUCAUCCCACGCAACAGGAAAUCAUCAAACAACAACAGCAACAACAACUCUACGCUGAUGCGGACGAUGUUCUUCCUCCAGCUGAAGAGAUUGAAAAUGACAGACAGCAAAGGGUUUACAGAGGACAACCAUCCACAAUUGGUCAAGUACAGAGGGAUAGAGAUGGUCUUAGACACACUAACGCACUUCCUUCCUAUAGCAGUCGCGGAGAAAAGAUCGGAGUAAUAUCCUUUGGAACCGGAAACCAGCAACAUUAUAGCGAUGACUUUUUACAAACAAACGACUUGACAAUAAAAAGAAGACAAAAACGACAAAUAAACCGAAGUCAUCAUCGGGAAGGUGAAUUGUGGCAUGGCGGACAACAAAGUAACAAUAAAAACACGUUUAGACUAAAUCCUAUAUUAUUACAAGCCCCUCCGAUUAAUAAGCAACCUUUUAAAUCUAGCAAUCAGGAUGAUGGUUUUCAACCUUUCGUACCUGAAUACAAAAGGAACUACCAUCCUGUCACGCAAAAUGUGCAAAGCUCGCAAAAUUUUAACUUUUUACCCUUACAAAAUACUAGAAGCGUUGCAAAACCGGGAGGGAAUUAUCAGGAUAACUACCAGUACUUCAACAUAGGGCCAACAAAGUCCCCACCUUCAAAAAACAAAAUUUUCGAUAGUAAUUCUAUAAGGCACACAGUGGAGUAUAAUUAUAACCAAAGUCCUAGAAUAGUUUUACAGCCUGCUUUUACUACAAUAGUGGAAAGACAUCCUAUUAAAUAUGUGAACACCACGACGAAUUUCAAGUAUUUAACAGACGCUGUGACAAGCUCGUUUAAACCACAUGACCAAGUGUUGUCCACCACCGAAAAAUACUUAAAAGAGGAAACUAUCCAAAGCACAACAAACGAAGAAGGGGAUGAAUAUUACGAUGACGAGGAUGAAGAAGACCAUAGGUACCAACAAUCGAACAACACCUUAGAAAGACCGCACGAUGAUUAUUUUAAACCGCCCCCAACUUUCUACAAGACCGAAAAUAAAUAUGCCAACAUUGAAAACCCGUUUGCCAAUCCAAGCUUCAAUUACGACAAAUUUUUGGAUAGCCUCAGAGGACCAUCGACGACCACCACAACGGUGAAACCUAAAGCCGCAACACAAUCAUACAAGCUUCAGAACGAAGCACUAUUAGAAAAAGUGCGUUAUAGUCCCAAUAGUUUUAAUAGCAAGCACUCGCUUAAAGAUGUUAGAACGCCUGUGCCAUUACUAGAUAAUAAACUAAACCUUACUAAAUCGAAAGUACCAGUAAGCGAUUAUUAUUACUACGAAUAUGAAGAUGUAGGUAAACCUAAGAUUUAUUCUAGUCAAAUAAAGUCCCACACGAAGCCGGUGCCCAAAAAGCCUUAUAUCGAGUACGAGUACUAUUACGAGGAAUACGACUAUCCUGACUCGAAGGAAGAUGCCAAAAAUAACUCCACUGAGAUGAAGUAUUCAGCCAGAUACCAGGAUAUAAUUGGCAAGAAACUGAACAAGACAGAGCCGAUAUCUAGCACAUUAAAAGUAAAAGAAGUUGUCAGUAGUACGACCCCAAAAGUGAUAUACACUAUACGUCCAAGGAUAAAACCUCAAACUGUGAAAAGCACAACUGUCAAAGCUGCAAGAGGACAAUCUCGAUUAAGACUUACCACGACCCACCAUCUAACUGACAAUGACUCAAAACAUUCGAAAAGCGAGGAAAGCAGCGUUGCACCUUCAAUAUCCACUGCUACUGCCACAGCAAGAACAUUGUACAAUAGCAGUCAGUAUUCUGGAAAUCAUUAUGACCCAUUAUACCCUCUCUAUGAUGAAGAUGUUGAAUUAUACAGAGACGUUGAUUAUUCCCACAAUAGUGCCUAUGGUAACAGCAAUGAAGGCUCAGGAAAAACUCCAGCACCAACUUAUAGAGGCACCCCAGCACCAGCUAUUCAAUCGACUGUAAGCCACGAAGACGUCCCCAAAAAUCGCGGCAACACUGUUUACAUUCAAAACCAACCACAGUACCAGCCACAGGAUAUUUACCAACAAUCCACUGUAUCCGAUUAUAGUGAUGAUAACUCUUACAACAACCAACAGCUUGACGAUCAAUCGGGGUACAGACAAUCAGGCAGACAACCGUCUAGGGGAGACAGGAAUGAUUUAAAUGAUGUUGAGGAGGCCACCACUAAAAGAGUUACUACUACCACCAGAAAACCCACUACCACAAGAAUAACUACAAGAACAACCACUACAACGACUACCCAACGUACUAUUCCCCCUAAAAAGAAUACAAUUCCUUCGAGCAGAACGCCUGUCACAACCAAUGAGAACCAAACACAAGCACAGUCAAUAAUUAAUACAAAACCGGAAGACCCGGGACACAGCCCCUAUACUCUGGCCCUUAUCCGAAAUGAUCCUCAUUAUAACAAAUAUGAUAGACUUGACUUAACUACGACUACCAUGCCUGUAACAUAUAGACCGAAAUAUCCAUCCGUCGAUGCAUUUACUGAUUCUUCUUUGCAUGCACCUUUAAGAACCGCAGUGGUUAGAAAUCCUACUCCUUUUGCUCUUCCCAUGCAUUUAACUACUGAAAAACCUGCUGCUGCUGCUUAUCAUUUUAUUACUAAAUCUCCCUUCUCAACUACUGAUAACAAUAUUAUUAAAACAACAGAUUCCUCGAGUAAAAAAGAUAGUAGAAGGUACACACCAGCGCAAAGUGUAAACUCUACAUUCGUAACGGUACGUAAAGCAAUUGUACCAACUACGUACUCACCUCCGAAAUUCUUUUUGAAAUCUAUAUUCCCCAGGCCCGUUGUUGAUUCUCAAGUAUUUAGUUUUAACACAAAUAAAACUUAUAAAGGUGAAAACUCUGUAAAUAAACCAACCAUUAAAACACUGAAAUCUGUCAGAAAAUUAAUCAAUCCUAUUACCGUUAAUCAUGAGUUAUCCUCUAACGGAGCCAGUUUCGAGUCUGCAGAAAAAUUGUUAUCGGCUUUCGUGUUCGAUAAUGAUAAUAGCGAGGAACAAUCGACAAUCAAAGCUAAUUAUAAUAGCGUUGAACCGUUUCGAUUAAGACUUCCGAUUACUACAAGUACUACAACUACUACUACCACCACGACUACUACGACCACCCCUAAGGUAACAACUACUACCACUCAAGUGAGUAGUACGGAAAGUGAGAGACCGUUUAACAGUAAAACGAAGCUGAGUGACGAAUACAUAAGAGAAAAGUUACAGUCGGGACUUUUGAAAGAAAAAUUGAGACUUUACGUUGACCCUGACCAAAUUAGUAAUAUUGCACCUAACCAAAAACGUUUUCGCACUACCGUAGAACUUCCCCCAGCACAUGCCUUUAUAGAUCAAGACCAAGAUCAAUAUAAACAAAAACCCGAGCCCGAUCAGUUACCUUCGUACAAACCAAAACCUUUCCCGAAACCGAUUCAACCAGUUCAAUCAGCAAUUUUACAAACAGUGACUAACAAUAAGACUGACAUGGCAUCCUUCAAUUCAUCCUCCCCAGCUCGAGUCUCCCGGGUAAAUGCCGCAAUUAAAUCAUUAAUUGCUAUCGGGGGAACGCGGAAGCAAAGCCAAAAAUGUAUCGAACCGAAAUGCAACGAGACCAAGAGAACCAACUCCAGAGGACGCGGCUCCACUCAUUAUUCCGCUUCUGGUGGUACUGCUGGCAAUGUAGUAAACAAUGAAGUCACUGUCACUGUCAACCGUGGUACUCCUCGCUCUAGACCAACGUUGAAACCGUCUACAUCCAUUGUUGAUCGAUCCAGAGCUUCGGAACCGGUUGACAUCUACAGGUUUCCUCCAAGGCGACCAGAUCCGAUCUACCCUCAACCACAACCGGACAAAACAGCUGCCAAAUGCCGUAAGGAUGUUUGCUUGCUCCCUGAUUGCAGUUGCGGAGGGAAAGAAAUUCCCGGAAAUAUUCCUGUCGAAGAAACACCUCAGAUGGUUUUGAUAACAUUUGACGAUGCCGUUAGCGAUUUAAAUAAACAAUAUUAUAUUGAUUUAUUUGAAAAUGGUCGCACUAAUCCGAAUGGCUGUCCGAUCUCGGCCACUUUUUACGUAUCUCAUGAGUGGACUGAUUAUAGCCAUGUUCAGAACCUCUACGCCGAUGGCCACGAGAUGGCAUCACACACCGUUUCUCACAGCUUCGGCGAGCAGUUCUCCCAGAAGAGAUGGACCCGUGAAGUCGCUGGUCAAAGAGAAAUCCUUUCCGCAUACGGAGGUGUCCACCUGGAAGACGUGAGAGGAAUGAGAGCUCCAUUCUUAUCGGUUGGAGGCAACAAAAUGUUUAAAAUGUUAUACGAUUCGAACUUCACCUACGACUCAUCCAUGCCAAUCUACGAAAACAAACCACCAAGUUGGCCUUACACUUUGGAUUACAAACUUUUCCACGACUGCAUGAUUCCGCCCUGCCCCACAAGAUCAUACCCAGGCGUCUGGGAAGUCCCUAUGGUCAUGUGGCAAGAUCUAAACGGAGGCAGAUGUUCCAUGGGUGACGCUUGCAGCAAUCCACCUGAUUCUGACGGAGUCUUCAAGAUGCUGACCAAAAACUUCCAAAGACAUUACACCACCAACAGAGCUCCAUUCGGUUUGUUUUACCAUGCCGCCUGGUUUACACAACCACACCACAAAGAAGGUUUCAUCAAGUUUAUCGACAGUAUUUUAGCCAUGAAGGAUGUCUGGCUGGUCACCAACUGGCAAGCGCUCCAAUGGGUCAGGGAUCCAACACCAUCAGGCAGAUUGGGAAAUUUCCAACCAUUCCAAUGUGAUUUCUCUGAUCGGCCAAAGAGAUGCAACAAUCCCAAGGUUUGCAAUUUAUGGCACAAAUCAGGAGUAAGGUAUAUGAGGACCUGCCAACCAUGUCCAGAAAUCUACCCGUGGACCGGCAAAACAGGAAUACAAAGCAGUAAAAUUGACAAUGACAUCGAAGAUUAAUUUGUUAAGAACUAAAUUUUGCCAAGUUAAUGAUUUAGUUAGGCCAUUGCGACAUUAUUUUCAAUGUUGCUUGUAAUUUAAGCUAUCUAAGAUAUGUAUUUAUGUUUUUUUCUAGAUGUUGUCCAGAUGUCUUGUUACAUCGCUAUAGUGAUGUUACUCAUAUCUGAUCAACAUCAAACUAUGGCCUUAUAGUAAAUUGUAAAUAUAAUUAUUAGAAAAAACUCUUAUUCUCUUAUUGUACUGCCGAUAAACUUAAUGUUUGAUAAUCUUAUUUAAUUGUGUGGUUCCUCAACUGCAAAUUGUGCAGUUAGAAGGAUAUACUUUCUUACCUAUUAUAUUUAAAAUACCUAAUUUAUUUGUAUAAUUCAAAUUAAUAUAAGCGAAGUAUCGAAUUGUGAACCAGUGA